GCGGGUUCCCCUGCCUCGCGGCUCCGGGCUCCGGCAGGUAGCCCAGGGCUGUGCCGCCCCCCUGGUCUCACCCGGGACCCGCUUCUCCCGCAGAGCUGUCAGAGCAGUGUCUGGAGGAGAAACCCCGUCACGUCUGUGGCCAGGGCUCUCCAGAGCGCUUCACUGACCGCCCCGCAUCCAGGAUGAAGAGGAAGGCGCCUGACUCCAGCGAGAAGGGUGAGGGCGUCGUGCCCGUCGCCAUGGCUCCCUGUGUCCCGCUGCCUGGCGCGGUCACCCGGAAAGGCCGGGACCGAGCCAGGGCCUCGGGGGAAUCUUGCGGAGAUGCUUCCCCGGCCUGGCGGGGUGCUCACCGGUGGGCGCGUCUGCUCUCGCCCCUCCAGCGUGCAUGCUGUGCCGCCGGGCAGAUGUCAGCGCUGAGGUCUGCGGGCCGACGCACAGGGAGCAGGCGCUGUGCGUCCACGAGUUCUGCCUGGUGAGCUGCCCCAGGGGCUCCCCCUGCUCUCCCCAGCAACGGUCCCUCCGAGCUCCCUGCCGAGCUCCGGGACCUUCCUGCUUUGCAGUAUCUCGCCAGCGGGCUGGAGCAGCGCAGGACCGAGCGGGAAGGGAUCUGCGGAUUCCUUCCUGCAGACAUCAAAAAAACAAUAAAGAAGGCAGCCCGGAAGAGCUGCUUUGCUUGCGGCGAGCAUGGCGCUGCGAUCGACUGCCAGGGGAAGGAUUGCAGCCGCAGCUUCCACCUCCCCUGCGCCUCCAGCAACGGCUGCGUCACGCAGUUUUUCAAGGCCUACAGGUCCUUCUGCUCGGAGCACCGCCCGGAGCAGGCGGUGCCGGUACGCCCAGAUGAAGAAACCACCUGCAUCAUUUGCAUGGAGCGGGUGGACGAAAAGCUAUCGUUCGGCACUCUGGUGUGCCCAGCGUGCCGAGGGGCCUGGUUUCACCGGGGCUGCAUCCAGGGGCAGGCUAGCCGCGCUGGCCGGGAGUGCUUCCGGUGCCCCCAGUGCAAGAAUAAGAGAAAAUUCCUGCCGGAAAUGUUAAAAAUGGGGAUCUACGUCCUAUUCAGACCACCAGCCUGGGAGGAGACGGGGCAGUACGAGGAGCUCUACGAGAGGCACAGCCAGUGUGAUGCCGGCCAGUGCCUCUAUCGGGAGGGCAGGCAGCAGGCGCAGGAAAGCGGGCCGUGGGAGCUGCUCUUAUGCUCCUCGUGUGCAUCCAGAGGGACGCAUCGACACUGCUCGGCGGUGGGAGCAGCGGUGGAGGCCUGGGAAUGCGAUGGCUGUGCCGGCAUAGGCCCCGCCCCCAGCGCACUGCCAGAGCCGUCCGCUCCCAGCACCAGCAGCAAGCCAGGAGCAGAGACGUCCUCCAGCCCUGCUGCCCCCGCCAGCGCAGAGCUGGACCUGGCCAGCUCCAGCACCAGCAGCAAGCCAGGAGCAGAGGCGUCCUCCAGCUCUGCUGCCCCUGCCAGCUCAAAGCCCGACCUGGCCAGCUCCAUCACCAGCACCAGCAGCCAGGAUGAAUCCGAGGCAUCCUCCAGCUCGGCUACACCCGCGACCUCGGAGUCAGACCUGGUCAGCUCCCGAGCCGGCAGCCAGGAGGAAUCAGGGUCAUCUCCUGGCUCCCCGGCUCCCGAGAGCAGCCCCCAGGCAGGACGGCCAGGGCCAGAGUGAAGGCCAGGACGCUCCCGUCUGUUCCGCCGGCCGCAGCAUCCUUACAGGCGGCCCUGAACACCCCGCAGGACGAGCCGUGUGCCAGCCCCAAGCAGUGGCACCCCUACCCUACCCCUUGCAGAAUAAAAUUGCUACCUAACCUCAA